AGUGCGGGGCCCCGGCCGGCGGGGCCGGGCCAUGGGGAAGGAGCAGGAGCUGCUGGAGGCCGCCCGCACCGGCAACCUGCCCGCCGUGGAGAAGCUGCUCUCGGGCAAGCGCCUUAGCUCGGGCUUCGGCUCGGGGGGCGGCAGCGGCGGCUCCGGGAGCGGCGGCGGUGGGGGGCACCCGCUCUCCAGCCUGCUCAGCAUCUGGAGGGGACCAAAUGUGAACUGUGUUGACAGUACUGGAUAUACUCCGCUGCACCAUGCUGCUUUGAAUGGCCACAAGGAUGUGGUGGAAGUUCUGCUGAGGAACGAUGCGCUAACCAAUGUGGCAGACUGCAAAGGUUGUUACCCUCUUCACUUGGCAGCCUGGAAAGGAGAUGCAGAGAUUGUAAAACUUCUCAUCCACCAGGGACCCUCCCACACUAAAGUGAAUGAACAGAAUACUCUUGAGAUCAAAGAACUCAAAAAGUACGGCCCUUUUGACCCCUAUAUCAAUGCCAAGAAUAACGACAAUGAGACCGCGCUGCACUGUGCUGCUCAGUAUGGCCACACGGAAGUUGUGAAGGUUCUCCUGGAGGAGCUGACGGACCCCACGAUGCGCAAUAACAAGUUUGAGACGCCUCUGGAUCUGGCUGCGCUCUAUGGAAGGCUGGAGGUUGUGAAGAUGCUGCUGAACGCUCACCCCAAUCUUUUAAGCUGCAACACUAAGAAACACACCCCCCUGCACCUGGCAGCUAGGAAUGGACAUAAAGCUGUAGUCCAUGUCCUCCUAGAUGCUGGCAUGGAUAGCAACUACCAGACUGAGAAGGGCAGUGCUUUGCAUGAGGCUGCUUUGUUUGGCAAGACCGACGUGGUACAAAUAUUGCUGGCUGCAGGUAUUGAUGUGAAUAUAAAAGAUAACCGAGGCCUGACAGCUCUGGAUAUUGUGAGGGAACUUCCUUCUCAGAAAAGCCAACAAAUAGCAGCUCUCAUUGAAGAUCACACAACUGAGAAGAAGAGUAGAAAAGCGGCAGAGAAGGCUCCGCCAACACCUGUCAUUCCUGCCACUGAACCUGCAGUCCGGAUACCACAGGGUGAUGUGGAGAAAGCAGUGACUGAACUGAUCAUAGACUUAGAAAUGAACCCAGAGGAGGAGUGUCCUUAUGAAGCUUUAUACAACGCGACAUCCUGCCACUCGCUGGACAGCCUGGCCAGUGGGAGGUCUUCAGACAGAGACUCUGUGAAUAAGGAAGCAGAGACAACAGGUCUUAAGGCAGCAGCAAUCAGGCCUAGAGAGCGUCCACCCCCUCCUGCCAAGCCACCCCCUGACGAAGAGGAGGAGCAUGUGGAGAAGAAGCUAGGUCGCAGUGCUUCGUGUGAGGCCUCUGUGGUGCAGAGGAAGAGCAGGGGAGGUGCAGCUGAGGAAGAGGAGGAGCAUCCUUAUGAGCUGUUGCUUACCGCAGAAACUAAAAAGCCACUUGCAGUGGAUAGAAAAACAAAAGGGGAAUCGCCAUCUUCAGGUGCUGUCAGCGGUAACCAGCUUCAGGCCAAACCUCGAAAAGGCACGUCUUCCCAAGAUGGUCAAUGGCCAUUAAAUCGCCAAGGUUCUUCCGACCUCUCUUCUAGCCAUUCCGAGCAACAUCCAAACCCCGAAGCAUGCAUGACUGAGACCUCAACAGACCACAGGAGGAGCAGUGGUAGCCGGAGCCAAGAUUCUGCAGACAGCCAGGAUAUCCAGGUCCCGGAGCAGUUUUCAGGGUUGCUCCAUGGCUCUUCCCCGGUGUGUGAGAUAAACGAGGACCCUUUCAGACUCAUUUCUGUGGCCAAAGGAGGCACAGAGGGCACAGGCCACUCACCUGCUAUGCAGUUGGAGGGUGCUGAUUUACCUGUCUCUGGAUCAGUACGGACCAGUUCUCCUGAGCAAAACCUGAAAGUGAUCUACGCAACAGUCCAGCCCAAAAAUGUCCAACAGGCAGAACCUGAAACUGCAGUGACUCCCCAAGCACUGCAGCACCCUGGUGGUGCAGAGGAAGAGGGAGACAGAGGCGGUGCUGGGGGCCGAGCCCACCUGGGAGGCAAGCCCAAAGCAGAGCUCAAACUCAGCCGUAGCUUGUCCAAAUCAGACUCCGACCUCCUGACCUGCUCACCGACUGAGGACGAUGCCAUGGGGAGCCGGAGCGAAUCUCUCUCAAACUGCAGCACUGGGAAGAAAAGACUGGAGAAAUCUCCGUCUUUUGCUUCAGAGUGGGAUGAGAUUGAGAAAAUCAUGAGCUCCAUCGGUGAAGGCAUUGACUUUUCUCAGGAACAGCAAAGGAUCUCAGGUUCGCGGAUGCUGGAGCAGAGCGUCGGGGAGUGGCUGGAGUCCGUUGGCCUGCAGCAGUAUGAGAGUAAGCUGCUUUUGAACGGCUUUGACGAUGUCCGCUUCCUGGGCUGUAAUGUAAUGGAAGAUCAGGACCUUCGGGAGAUCGGGAUUAGCGACCCGCAGCACCGCAGAAAACUUCUCCAGGCCGCACGUCCCCUUCCCAAGGUGAAAUCUCUGGGUUGCGAUGGGAACAGCCAGCCUUCGGUUCCUGCUUGGCUUGACUCUUUGGGGCUGCAGGACUACAUUCAGUCCUUCCUGUCGAGUGGCUACAGCUCCAUUGACACUGUGAAAAACCUCUGGGAGCUUGAAAUAGUAAAUGUGCUGAAGGUGAAUCUGCUUGGCCAUCGGAAGCGAAUCAUUGCCUCCUUGGCGGACAGACCAUACGAGGAGCCACCCCAGAAACCACCGCGGUUCUCACAGCUGAGGUGCCAGGAUCUGAUGUCCCAGACUUCUUCACCGCUGAGCCAGACUGACUCCUACACGGGGAGGUCAGCGGAUCCCUUGCUGCCUUCGGGGGAUUCUGGGAAGAGGCGAUGUGACAGUGGCCGUGAUGCUGCUUCUCACCCCAGAGCCGACCGAUACAAAGCACAGGAGGAGCAUCGUGAGUCCAGACUGACUCUCAGGCCCCCAAGUCUCGCUGCGCCGUAUGCGCCUGUCCAGAAUUGGCAACACCAGCCUGAGAAGCUCAUCUUCGAGUCCUGCGGGUACGAGGCCAACUAUCUGGGCUCCAUGUUAAUCAAAGACCUGCGAGGGACGGAGUCAACGCAGGAUGCCUGUGCAAAGAUGAGGAAAUCCACGGAGCAUAUGAAGAAGAUCCCAACCAUAAUAUUAUCCAUUACUUACAAAGGGGUGAAGUUCAUAGAUGCUUCUAACAAGAAUGUUAUCGCUGAGCAUGAAAUCCGGAACAUCUCCUGUGCGGCCCAGGACCCUGAAGAUCUCUGCACGUUUGCCUAUAUCACCAAGGACCUGCAGACCAGCCACCACUACUGCCAUGUCUUCAGCACCGUCGAUGUGAACCUGACGUAUGAAAUCAUCCUGACGUUGGGACAAGCGUUUGAAGUCGCCUAUCAGCUGGCCCUCCAAGCCCAAAAAUCAAAACCCACCGGUGCUUCGGCAGCGGAAACGAUAGAAACGAAAUCUUCCAAACCGGUGCCUAAACCCAGAGUUGGCGUGAGGAAAUCCGCAGUGCCGCUCCCUCCUGAUAGUCGCUGUUGUUACUGUCACACCUGUACUACACACCGUCCCUCCUAUCUGCCGCUGCAGUCUGUUAGUCAAGGAGCUAAGCUAGAGCCAUCUGAAGUGGACCAAGACUCCCAAUCUCAUGCCAGUGUCUCCUGGGUUGUUGAACCUAAACAGGAUUCUAAGAGGACCCUCAGCACUAAGUAUGAGACCACUAUCUUCUAAAAAAGCAACCCUGUGUCCACCUAGUCUAACCGUGCCUUUGCGAUCUGAUCUGUCCGCUGUUCUAAACUCCCUCUCCCUCCAGCUGCUGGCCCUGAGCUCCACCUCUAGGAGCUACACCACCAGAGGCAGCAGCACUAGAAUACUGUAGACUAAACAGCUUUUGUAUCUGAUCACUACUGAACACUGUGAAUUCUCCUUACUCGGAAACAAGGGUAACAUGUGGAGAGAAUGACCUGUUAGAUACCUGUGAGGUGGGAGAUGCAGAGGGUUGGAAGCUGUGAGAGUCUGAGAUGUGGAUCCACGUUUUUCCCCUUGCUGCGGCACUGUGAAUCUCUGGGGGCGACGUGACGCUCCCCAGGCCUUUUUAUAUUUAACGUUCUUAUUCUUGGACUGCUGUAGACCUCUUGUCUCCGAGGUGCGCACACUCACUCGUUCUAGAUUCUGUACUGAGCCACGGCUGUAUUCUGUUUCAGCGAACUGUUACUCCUCUUUUUACCUGUCAUCUGAACCAACACUAACCAAUGUGAUGCUGUCUGCAAAUAACCCAUUCACUAGAUUUCCUUGUAUGGAUCCUUCACGCAAUAUCCCCCUCUUCCCCCCAAUUUCAGUGUUGCAAACCUGAUUGCACAGCUAAUGUGAGAGCUGGUCUGGGCUGCUUGCACGGCCGUGGCUCUCACUGUGCAUAUUGACCCUCCUUAGAGAUCAGGGUUGGUAUAUAUAGGAAACGCCCGGCAGCAGCUUCUCAGCUGCCCCACUGAAGCCAAUUGUGUGUUUCAUUCUGUCUUGUUGGAUUUGAUGCAGGGCCCCUCUGUUCAAACCGACCAAACUGCUUGUGAGCUACAAGCUUGGUUCUCCCUUUUAGAACUAUAAAUGGGUUAAGCUUUUAAAGGCACAUGAAAUUAAUCCUGAACUGAGUGCCGGGGGGUGGGGAGGGAGGAGACUGGACUAUUUGAUGUCUGACCAAAGCAGACUGAGGAGUUGGGAACUUUGUUCUGUUCAGCAGGUUUCCUGCAUGUUAACUUUGAUCCCAUUUCAAGACAAGUCUUCUGCAGAUCAUAAGGCUAUUAAAUGCUGUGCAAUGAGGGCUAUGGAGAUCUUGAAACAUCUGCCACUUCCCCAUUCCUUGGCAAUGAGAUUACCCUUAGGGAUGGCCCUAGGUACCUGGGAACCUUAAGUGCGGACACCUCCCUGUUUCCCUUCACCUCAUUUCUUUGUCUGCUAAGUUUCUGACCCCAUGGUUGGCAAGAUAGAUCUGUCUGCAACUGCUGCUUUAGUUCCUAAAUGUGACUCAGACCCGUUACAACUGAAACACAGAGCACAAGCUGCUGUGCAGGCCAGAGCAGACCUUGUUUGGAGGAUGGACUCUGUGCCAUAAAGCAGUUUGUUAGCCAGUGAACAUGGUGUGAUACAAAUACAGUAGAACUUCAGAGUUAUGAGCACCAGGAUUAUGAACUGACUGGUCAACCACACACCUCAUUUGGAACCGGAAAUAUGUAAUCAGGCAGCAGCAGACACACGCAAAAAGGUAACUGCAGCACAGUGUUGUGUUAAACGUAAGCUACUAAGAAAAAAAAUGAAGGGAAAGUUUAAGAACAAUUGACAAGGUAAGGAAACUGUUUCUGUGCUUGUUUCAUUUAAAUUACGAUUAAAAGCAGCAUUUUUCUUCUGCACAGUAAAGUUUCAAAGUUGUGUUAAGUCAAUGUUCAGUUGUAAACUUUUGAAAGAACUAGAAUGUCUGUCUUGUUCAGAGUUAAACAUUUCAGAGUUGCAAACAGCCUCCUUUCCUGAGGUGUGCAGAACCCUGAGGUUCUACACUAUUCUCCUGAGGUGCCCUGGUGAAUUCCUGAAGGGGCUGUGCUUAUGGCCAGCCCUGAUUAAAGUGGGCAAAAUGUAUAAGGCUCAUUGAUAGCAUGAAACUGAGGAGGAAGAAUGGUCCAGUGAUUAAACAGACCGGGGAGUUAGACCUGCUGGUUCUGUCACUGACAGACUUGCUGUGUUACCAUGUCACUUAACCUCAGUUUCCCCAUUUAUCAAAUGGGGAUGAUCUCUCCGUCCCUCACAGAGGUGAUGUGAGGCUUAAUCAGUUUGCAAAGCAACUUGAGAGCCUCUAAGGAAAGGCAUUGUGUGACUAGCAUGUCGUAGUAGUCCUGUGAUGACAACCUACUAUGCGCAGCUUCACUCACUCUCCUUCCAUGUGAAAUACAAGUCUCACAAGGUAGGAGGUUGCACCUUGGAUUCUGACCAGCGUUUUAAAGUCAGACUGAAAAUAGCCUGUUCCUUUCUAUGGAAGCACCUGGCUGUGUGGGACACUAGGGUUAGUACAUCAGCCAUUCAGCUAUCUCACUGGACAAAGAUCACAAAUGUGUUUGAUCCUAGUCUAGUUCCAAGCAUACCAACAUCAUUAUUUUGUACCAUUAGCAGAAUCUGCUCCUAGGAGAAUCAGGAGUGGGAGAGCUGCAGGUGACAAUCAUGGUGUGGUAGGAAGAGAGCUGGGAAGGAAGCUGGACAGCUACUACCCACACUAUCCUUGCCUCUGCCUAGUGAUGGUCUGGAAUGAAGUUUAAAACCCCUAUCUUCUACUCCUUCCCAAAUGUCCAUCCCUAGAAACACCCAGUGUGUCCACACUGGCUCUUGAAUCUUAAGCAAACCCCAUUUACUGAUGCAACCUAGAUUGUCCAGAGCAGGAACUAUGGGUAUAAGAGUUUUCUUCAAAUGUCAUCAUCUCUGCAGCAACCAACCACCCCAAAUGUAGUAAUUCAGCCUGGGUCCUCACUCACUGUAUAUUUAAACUAAUAAGGAUUACUUUUUAGUGGGCUAUUGAUUUUUCAUCAGUCUUUUCUCUCCCAUUCUCCCCUCCAGCCCAGUAAUUCUACUAGAAUCUUGUGUUUCAAAAUCUUUAUGUAGCUCCUUCCUAGGAGUCAGUCUGACCUCCCAGUCCUCAGGGCCUAACAGGGCAAACAGAGUUCAGAAAUAACAACCUGGUUAGUAAGUAUCCAAGUAAGGAGGGUAGGAGGAGAUUUCGUAAAGCACAAAGUAGAGAAACCCAGUCUUGUACGUGUAUUUAACAUGUCUUGCACCCUGGCAAGGGAUUACAGAUGCAUAGACAAAAGAUUCUUUAACUAGAGAAAUACUAUAGCAAAUGCCCAGAACACUGCAGUGUUACUGUUAAGUAUAGUGGUUUGGGCACUUGCAGUAGAAUAUGGUGGUAUUUUUACAGGAAGCUGCAGUCGCAGAUGAGUAUUGUUUGGCAAGCUGUGAACGGUGCUCUGAAACCUCUUUUCACACUGUUCAGAAGAGAAGUUCAGUCAGGAAAGCAAGUGGUGGCGUGCUUUUAUUUCCAAGAGUUUACCAUCAGUUACAGCUACCCACAUACAGACCCAAUUUUCAGAGGGGCUGAGCCCUUGCAACUGCCAGUGUCGCCAGUGGGUUCUCAGCGCCUUUAAAAAGGGAUCAGUUGUGCAUGUGCCUUUUUAAUGCUGACCUCUGAACCUAGGUGGGAUCACAGCAGACCUGUCUGAACAGAGGGCUCGUGCAGUGCACCUGUAACUCUUUCUCACUGCUUGAUCAUACACCCUUCUCCUCCCCAAGCGUUGGUAUGAAUGUGACUCAUGAAAUUAUACAUUGCAUUUUUUCCUUUCUGGUAACGUUGUCCCCUGUUCUGUUUGCCUCUGGGAAGCUGAUAUGCAGGCAGCUGUGUGCUACCAUGGAAAUGUAGUAACGGGGCAGAGACCUAAGAAGCAGUGGUACCCCAACAGGAUGAAGAUCUCCACCCGGCACUGGUGUCUGCCUCUUUGAAUAUGUUCAUGACUGCUGAGUAAGGGCUUCCAAAGCUGAGGGGGGAAAAGGGAUCCCAGCAACCAGCUGACAAAAGCAGCUACGCAUUUCUAGCAAAGGAGAUUUGAGACUUCUGAGCUCAAGGGAGUGAUACCAUAUUUUCUAGUCUGUUGCAACAAAUGUUUUUUAAAGAGGUUUUUUUUUCCUUUUAUGUGCAACGAUACAAAGCAAAACAAAUCCACAACUUAAAUGUAGCAUGUUGCAAUUUUUUUGGGUGGAACAAACGUUAGUAAAUUAUAAGAUUCUACAGUACUGUCCUGUCCUACAAAGAGUAUGGUAAAAAGUCUUAGCGAUGGCGCUAGUAUGUGUGUGUCUAAUGGUACUUUACUUCGCCUCAGUUCUUGGUGAGCAGUAGAAAACAAUUCCAAGAUUUUGGUAAUAGUUGUUUAUUCCAAGUUAUGAAACUCAGCUGCAUGGGUUUUCAUACACUUUUCUUUAAAGCCACUCCAAGCCUAAGUGGGAGAUGGAUAUAACUUAAGGAAAACUGUGUCUGCAAAGGAGUUAUAAUCCUAGUGAUUAUUGCUGGAUAUCACCCAUGGUACGACGCCUGCUUUCACUACAGAGAACUAUUGCAUUGCAAUACUUGAUGUUUUUAUGGUAAGGAGGACACAAUUAGAUCUCUUUCCAUUAGUUUAUCACACUGAAUAACUGGAGAAUUUGCUCAUUUCUAUACUGUCUCUUGCAUCUGCCAUGUUUUUUAAAUGCAGUUAUGUGCUAGCGGGUUGGGUUUUUAAAGUCUGAUUGUGAUUUAGCACUUCUUUAAUACUAGCUCAUUAAUGAAUUACCAUUAGUGUAACAGUAUUUCAGAAUAUGAACAAACGAGUUAUAUUCUGGGCAUUUCACUGAAACAGUCCAUACCUGAUGAUAAAUUCUAAUCGAUCUAAGAAUGGCUGGUCCCAAGCAGUCUCGCAUUCUUAAACAGAACACAAUCUUGAAGGUGCUUUGUAAUUAUGCUUCAUUUAAACUACCAGAGUAUUUAAUGGUGGCUUUGGCCAUGACAGUUGUGUGAACUGAUGUUUUCCAGUGCCCUGACCAUCAGGAUCUUGUUGGAAGGAGAGAUGGUAAAAUGGGCAUGACUUGGUUCUUGAAAUGUAAAAACAGGGCAUGCCAUGCCAGGGCUGUGAUCUCAGGCAGGUGUGAUGGUUGGUAGUGCCUGCUGCUUAUGAGAAUAUUGUGUCCUAACUCUUUGUUUCUAACUCCAGUUGCUGCUGUAUCUGUCAGGAUUUAAUUUAGUUUCAUUCCAGUUGAUGGUGAGUGCUGAGAGAAACAAUCAGUCCCCAAGGCCUGGACCUGUCAAUGAUUUGUGGGUAGAAAACAAGCUGUUUUUAAAAAUUAAUGAAUUUAGGAAACUUAACAUUCCUUCUUAUACCCAUGUUGCAGUUCAUACUGAUGUAAGUGUAAAUAUUCGGUGUGUUGGCAGAGAAUGAACCCCUGCUUUGGAGAGGGCUAGCUCUGUUGGAUGCAUGAGCUUUUGAGGUUGGCUGGCUGUAAAAGUGGUGAUGAAGAUUCCAAUCUUGCUGUUGUCUCCAGUGACUCAGCAACUCCCUUUGCAGUUCUCUUGCUAGGUGUUUUUCUCCUAGACACAGAAUAUGUAUUGCAGAGGAGCUGAGCUUUGGCAGCGUAUGUUUUAGUGUGGGAUGUUUUCAAGGUACUUGCCUGGUAGGGCUCUUCUCCUGGAUCCCAGCCUAUAUUUUUAGGAAUUCAGGAGGCUCCCAGUCUCUCAGUACUUUGUUCAAACUCCUGUGUUCCUACAGGAGUGUCUUAGAUUUCUGUUGCUGAUGUGAUUAAUUUUUCAAAGUGCUGAGCUAGUUCUGGUACCAGCCUGUGAUCCACUUCCUUCCCUUUUUCAAAGGACAGACUGUAUUCUAGAGCACCCUCCAUUUGUAUCUGGUAUGGGUCCAAGCUGAGAACUCUAGACAGACCCUAAGAUUAAUAGCUGAAUUGUCUCCUUAAAAUGAGGGUGCAAUCAUUUUAAGCUGCUGUAUCCUAUUUUAUUCUGUACCUAUUAAAAAAUGGUAAUCCUGGCUGUUCCGUUUUGUCUUUAAAUUCUAGAAAAAAGUUGGUAAUUGGAUUUGAGGGACACCCCUAUGCCCCUUGCAGAAAAAGGGUAUUUAGAUGUGUUUUGAGGGGAAGCUGAGCUGGACUGCUGCCCUUUACAAUGCAGCAGCCUCACAAACAAUACACCUGAGCAAAUCUAUUUCUUGAUUUGUGAAACUUAUGUGGGCUCAGCUACAUUAACACUCCCUCAUUCCAGAGUUCAGAUAUCUGUCAGCAGGAAUUUCAGUGGGUUUCCCUUAUGCUUACAGCAGUUGAGUGCAGUAGGCUUUUUCAUUUGAUAACAAGCUCUGUUUGCCAUUCCAAGCUCCCUUUUAGAUCCUACAUUGACAUAUUUAGAGGUACCUGUGCAACCAGAAGCAAAUUUGAUGCUCUUGAAAUGGGAGCGCUAACUCAAUUUUUUUCGUCUUUUGAAAAAUAACUUGAGAUUUCCCCAACAGGGCAGAGAACAGUCAACUUCAGUUUGCAAUGUAGACAUUUUUGCUAAUUGUGAUGUAUGGCAGUGGGACUGAUUUGUAAUAAAAAUGUUAUUUAAUCUGUCUCUGUAUUUUGAUACUUGAAUUUUCUUUUUUCCUGUAUAUAAAAUUGUUAAUCUGUCUGAAUUUUUGUCUGAAUUUUAAACAAAUUGUGGUACCAAACAUAACCAAUCUGUGCAACCACAUAGACUGACCUCACUACAACAAGGCGAGAUUGUAAAUAUUUCUGGGCUUCCAGUGGUCGUUUUGUUGUUUUUUCAUAACUGUACAACUUAGAACAGACUGAAUUAAUAAAUAAACUCAGACACACA